AACCUCAUCUCAUUCUUGUUAGAAAACAAACAAAAACAAAAGCUUCAUUCUGCUUUGCAUUAAACCUAAAAUUCAUCAAUGGCUUCCAAUCAACCAAGACAUGUUGAAGAAAUUCACAAAACAAUAGAGACUGAUCUAAGUCCUAAUGCAACUCAACAACAGCAUGAUGAGGAGAAACCUGGUGUGAAUAUUGGUUCCGUGGUGAAUUAUUUCAAUUAUAAUAAUUUUAUUAAUUUAAUUUCUGUUUUGGUUUCAGAUUUUGAAUGAAAUUGAGGUUGUGAUGAAACAUUUUAGAAAGUUGAAAUUUAGGGUGGACCACAUUUUAUAUUAUCAUUAACUUAUAAAUAAAUAAUAUUAAGAGGGGUUAUAUUGUCUUUUAAUUCGAUAAGCGAACAGUAAAAGUGCAGAUCCUUUCUCUAAGAAUUUUACUUUCCUUGUCAAUGGAGUAAAGUGCGUAAGUACAGCCUAGUUGUGAGAUUAAAACUUUAGUAGUGAAGAAGAUAUGGAUAAAUCCAAUUAAAGUUGAGGCGUAAGAUUUUUUUUAAGCAUAUUUACUUAUCUUGUUCAUAAGGUAAAGAAUAAAGAUAUGAAUGAACAUAAGAAAUCGUAAAGGUUAUUCAUAAGUAACACACACCCUAGGGCAGAGACAGACAUUAUAUUUAUAUAUAUAUAUUCACUUUGCAAGACCAUUUUAUCAUAUUAUAUGCAUGAUGGCAUCCCAGACUACUCUUGAAAAGAAAUUUCAGGAGUUUGAAGAAGCAAGGGAAGCUCCCCAAAGCUCACGCCCCAAGAUCCAAAAGGUUGUUAAGCAUCUCCGAAAUAGAAACGAUUUUGAGAAGCAUUUCUCACCCAAGUAUGUGUCAAUAGGACCAAUCCAUCAUGACAAUCAAAAUCUCAGGUUAGGACAGAGCUAUAAGCUUACCUGGGCAGCAAAUUACUUCCAACACAUCCUACAAACUCCAGAAUUUUUACACCGAAAGAUUGCCGAUAACAUUUAUGAACUCAUGAGUCAUUAUACCGAUGAUGUUUUAGCCGAUACCGCAGUGUCUCUACAAGGCUUCUCCAGCCUUGAAGAAAAGCUGUCAUGGGUGUUGUUCGUGGAUGGAUGUUUUUUGCUGAAUAUUUUGAGGAGUAUAGACCCUAAUCGUCUUAAUAAUGAAAAUGAAGUGAAUAUGAAGGUUGAUCAACUUGUUCUUGUGAUGAAGGAUGUGCUUUUGUUGGAGAAUCAACUUCCUUAUCUAGUACUGAAGCUGUUGUGGCAUAAUGACAGCGAGGAAGAAUUGAUAGAUACUAUGAUAAAUUUUCUCAGUUGUUAUCGUUGGACCUCACCGGUUAAUAAGAGGACAUGGUGGUCGUCAGGCUUUCAUGAGAUAUUACUGAAUGCGCCACCAACUCAUCUUCUUGAUUUUCAGCGUAAAAUGAUCCUCACUAAAUCGAAUCCCAAGAUGGAAGCCAAUAAUGAAGAUAUGCACUGGAGGGAGGAAUUUUUUUAUAUAGAAAGCAAGAUGAUGACACACAGGAACAUACAAGAUCUAACAGCAGGAGGAAUAAAACUUAAAUCAAGCGGGACACGAAGGACAACAGACGUAGGUUUCUCGGAGGGUCCGUUUGCUGCGGAAUUGACUCUUCCUGAGAUUAUUGUGGAUGAUUCCACAGCUACUUCUUUCCUGAACCUGAUAGCGUACGAGAUGUGUCCAGAUUUUGAGAACGACUUCGGAAUAUGUUCAUUUAUGGUUUUCAUGGACUCGCUCAUUGACAGUGGGGAAGAUGUGAGGAUAUUGAGAUCACAUGGUAUUUUGUCGAAUUUACUUGGGAAAGAUGAGCAGGUUGCUGAUCUUUUCAACACCAUAAGUACUGACUUGGUAUAUAACACUACAACAUAUUUUGAAGUUAGAGAUAAAAUACACAAGCAUCGCUUUAAUAAAUAUAAGAUGUGGUUAGUGCUGGGUUAUCAAAAAUAUUUCAGCAAUCCUUGGGCUGUCAUUGGUUUCAUUGCUGGGUCUGUUGCACUUGUUCUCACAUUCGCUCAAACAUGGUUUACCAUUUUCCCGCGCUAGCUUCCUCAAAAAUGGUUUGAUGUGGAACUUUUUUCAAUCACUUAUCGAGUCUUCACUAUUAUUAUCUCACAAAUAAACAGUGUCUUUUGCAUUGCAUUGUGUGUGACUUUUUUUAAGAGGUGUGUGGUAAAAUUUAAAUAUGUAAUUUUCAUAAUUCAAGAUUUUUUA